GAGUACGCCCUCUCAUGUAAAUGUCGAAAAUUAAAGACUCUUGGGUGUAAUAUGUGAAGAGCUGGCAAAAAUCAACAUUUUACGUAGGUUAUUAAAUACACGGAUUCUGUAACAAUAAUCAACUCAUCAAAAUGGUGCUGAUAUCAGCUGCAGUUACCACCAAGAAUGGAAAAACAAUCGUGUCAAGACAAUUCGUUGAGAUGACCAAAGCCAGGAUAGAAGGUCUCCUUGCUGCUUUUCCAAAACUAAUGAGCACUGGGAAGCAACAUACCUUCGUUGAGACAGAUUCUGUUAGAUAUGUCUACCAGCCUUUGGAAAAAUUGUAUAUGCUGUUGAUAACGACCAAGGCCAGUAAUAUUUUAGAGGAUUUGGAGACUUUAAGAUUAUUCGCGCGAGUGAUUCCCGAGUACUGUAAAUCAAUGGAAGAAUCUGAGAUCGCUGACAAUGCUUUCAACUUAAUAUUUGCCUUCGAUGAAAUAGUUGCUUUAGGAUACCGCGAAAGUGUCAACCUCGCACAAAUCAGAACUUUUGUGGAGAUGGAUUCUCACGAAGAACGUGUGUUCCAAGCUGUCAGAUUCACACAGGAACGCGAGGCUAAGAACAAGAUGCGAGAGAAAGCCAAGGAGUUACAGAGACAGCGGAUGGAGGCCAACAAAAAAGGAGGAGCUAAAAGUCCUAAUUUCGGAAGUGGUUAUGGCAAUAGCAGUAGUAAUUUCACACCUACUGCUAAUGUUGUUGGUGAUUCUGCGAAUUAUGUGCCUGAACCUGUUAAACCGAGUUAUAUGCCAUCAAAGCCUUCUGCUGGAAGUGGUGCCAUGAAACUGGGAGGUAAAGUCCGUGACGUUGACUCAUUUGUCGACCAAUUGAAGGAAGAAGGUGAAACAGUUGCGUCGAAUGUCAAAGUAGACACGAAAAUAGCUCCAAUUAUUCCUCAAGCAGCUAACACAGAGCUAGUACAUUUAAGACAAGAAGAAAAGUUGAACGUACGCGUUGGUCGCGAUGGAGGAGUCCAACACUUUGAAUUGCACGGUUUGGUGACUUUGCAUAUUAAAGACGAAAAAUGGGGUCGCAUUCGCGUGCAAUUAGAGAAUGAAGAUUCACGAGGUAUCCAGCUGCAGACACAUCCGAAUGUUGAUAAAGAUUUGUUCAGAACUCACGGACAAAUAGGUCUUAAAAUUCCCACUAAACCAUUCCCGCUAAAUACUGAUGUAGGAGUUUUGAAAUGGAGAUUACAGUCUCAUGAUGAAACAGCCUUGCCUAUUUCUAUCAACUGUUGGCCUUCGGAAAAUGGUGAGAAUGGAUGCGACGUCAACAUAGAGUACGAGUUGGAACAAACAGACCUAGAAUUAAAUGACGUGCAAAUAAACAUUCCGUUGCCCAUGGGUUGUAGUCCAAUUGUAAAUGAAUGCGAUGGUCAGUACACCCAUGAGGCCAGAAGAAAUACACUUUUAUGGUCAUUGCCGUUAGUCGAUGCUUCUUCGAAAUCCGGAUCCAUGGAAUUUUCAGCGCCGUCCUCAACUCCUUCCGACUUUUUCCCAUUGAGAGUUUCAUUCACAUCUAAAACUUCAUACGCUAAAAUAAAGGUCAUCGAUGUAUUGUUGGUAGAAGAUGAAAGUCCAGUAAAACAUUCAGUGGAUACUGUAUUCUCUACAGAAAAUUACGAAGUCGUGUAAUUUAAUAAUAUUUAGGCACAUGAUAAUAACUCAUGUUAUUUGAAUGAUUAUAAUUUAGGUAGAUAAUAUUGGAG